AUUUAUGCUGUGUGUGACAGUCCGCGAAAGAAUUAUUUUAUCAUUUUUUUACUGAACUCUUAUAAUUUAACACGUAAAAUAUUGAUCAGAAUCCUUAAAUUGUGUCUGUGGAACUUUACAAUAUCGGUAUACAAAGUAUUGUGGGACAAUAUCGUUAUGUGCGUUAUCUCUCAGUAGCCAUGGACGAUGUGUUCUGUUGCGCUAUGGAGCAUGUCCAAUGUAGUCAAAUGGUACUCAGCAGUCGGUGAGAGCGCUCCUGCCUCUGAUGUUGUUUGUUUUGGCUCCGGACACUGAAGUAAACAGUGUGUUCGGAACUUAUCAUCGGCGGACGAUGCUCGAUUGAGGACAAACCUGUUUCAUAAAAUAUUCUAGUCUACAUUCUUCCAUAUACCCUCAAGUUUUUGUGAUUUAGACUAUUUGAAUUUUGGUCAGUUAUUGUGUGGGACUUUUGACAAAGGACUGGUAACGUGAAACAUGUUCAGUAAACAUUACGAGACCAGGCUGCUGCAGCAAUGCAGCCCCCUGAGUAAGAAGCAGUGCAUCAGGUUCCCAGCAGAACACACAAAUGGAGACAGAUUUACGCCGUGCAGGGCUGGGAACAACUGGCAGACAGCAUUUCAAGCGAUACACAGAGGAACAGAAAACCAGCCCACAAAGAAAGCGCGAGGCGAUGGCGGCGGGGACAACGGCACGGGUGCUCGAGACCAACACGCGUACAACUGUCUCCUUCAGAACGAACUCCUCGGUGCCCAGAUAGAGGAGGUCCGAGGACCUUCAGCCUCCUGCGCGGAGGGCAACAAGGCCAGCUUGGGCACCGCACAGACCCCAAAGUCCUCGCCAGCAUAUCUGCCUGUCUACAGAUUUAAUGCGCAAAGUCAUAAUGCUGUGGAAAACAUCGAUCCUUCACCAUACAGCCUGUCACCCAUAUCGGCAAAGUCGGAGAAAUUGCUGCGCUCGCCCAGGAAGGCCACGCGGAAGAUUUCGAGGAUCCCCUUCAAGGUCCUGGAUGCUCCGGAGCUACAGGACGACUUCUACUUGAACCUGGUGGACUGGUCAGCGCAGAACGUGCUCAGUGUUGGUCUUGGGAGCUGUGUGUAUUUGUGGAGCGCUUGUACUAGUCAGGUGACCAGGCUAUGCGAUCUGUCGUCGGAAGGCAACGCCGUGACCUCUGUAGCUUGGAGCGAGAGGGGGCAUUUGGUAGCAGUGGGCACGCAAAAAGGACAUAUCAGUGUUUGGGAUGUUGCUGUUAAUAAAGAGGUGACGAAACUACAGGGGCACAUCGCUCGAGUGGGAGCUCUUGCGUGGAAUGGAGACAUACUCAGUUCUGGAUCCAGAGACAGGCAUAUACGGCAGAGGGAUACUAGGACACCACCGGUGCAAGCAAAUCGCGUACUUCAAGGCCAUAGACAAGAGGUGUGCGGCCUCAAAUGGUCGCCGGACGGACAGUCGCUGGCGUCCGGAGGCAACGACAAUAAACUCUUCGUAUGGUCUAUGCACUCGACAUCUCCCGUGCAAACGUACUCCGCCCACGUGGCGGCGGUGAAGGCGAUCGCGUGGUCGCCUCACCAGCACGGUCUGCUCGCGUCCGGCGGCGGCACCGCGGACCGCUGCAUUCGCUUCUGGAACACCCUCACUUCACAGCCCAUGCAGUGUGUUGACACAGGAUCUCAAGUAUGCAACCUGGCGUGGUCGAAGCACUCGAGCGAGCUCGUGUCUACGCACGGCUACUCACAGAACCAGAUCCUAGUCUGGAAGUACCCCUCGCUCACGCAGGUGGCGAAACUCACAGGUCACUCAUACCGCGUCCUAUACUUAGCACUCUCCCCGGACGGCGAGGCGAUAGUGACGGGCGCCGGAGACGAGACGCUACGCUUUUGGAACGUUUUCUCCAAAACGCCGUCACACAAAGAGAACAAGAGUGUCCUCAACCUCUACACGGCACUCAGAUAAACUUAUCACUUAGAUUUAUAUGCCCAAACCUUGGAAAAACGAUCCGUUUUGUUUACGAACGGUUCCUGUUUGACACUUGUCUUAUGUCUCACUACCAUUCGUAAGCAAAGCGAAUAAGUUGUUCGGAGGUCGGGCAAUAGUUUACCUUUGUAUAUACUAGCUUUAUUUAUUUAUAGGCGUUUAACCCAUACGGUGUUUCGAAGUAUUUUUUUGGGAGUUAAAAUAAGCUGGACUAUUAGUUCGUUUGUAAUUCGUGUUGUUUGGUUUUGGUGGUUUGUUUGUUUAUAUAAAAGUAUAUAUAUUUUUUGGAUUUUUCCAACUAUUUAUUUGGAAGAGAUCUUGCUUUGAACGGUAGUCUCCUACGUAGUUGGUAACAUCUUUUGGUCGCCAUUAGUUUGAUAGAAGUUUCAAACGAAUCACCAUACUGUACCAAAUUAUUAUUUUUUAAAUUAUGUACACUAGUUUGUGUAUAAAUUAUACAUAUACUGUACAAUGUACAUUUGUUUAGACGUAUUGUACAUAGAUAACUGUACAGUUUACGGUGACUGCGGUUCUUUGAUAGAAUCGUGGCGCCUUACUUAUAUUUCUAUGUAUUUACUGAAACAAGGUGCGGACAAAGACUUAAAGGUUAAAUACAUAGACAGCAUUUAGAUUGGAAGCUGAAAGUAUGAAUUUUGUGCAGUUUUCAUUACUACGCAUAUUUUUCUUUAGCUUUUAUUCCAAAUGACCUUUAUCUGUUUAACCCCAAAUCGUGAUGAAUUUAAAUUCCAAAAAAUACAAAAAAAACCGAGCAUUUAAAUGACUAUAACACAAUUUGUCCAAAGAAAAGGUGAUAUAACCAAACUGCUGGGCAGGUAGCGAUCGUGUCUUUAGUCUGUCCUCUGUUUCAAACAAUUAGACGAUAGAGAGGCUGGAAUAUUUAUUACAACCAACAAAUGUAUAGAUCUGCUUUAGUAGAUAAUGUUCUAUGCAGUCGGCGUAAAGUCCAUUAUUUAACAACUAUAUUUUCAAUACAUACUGGAAAUACUAUAAGCUUAGUUCUCUUUAAUGAUUGAGGAUCGUACCUAAGGAUGGUGGAGAUUUGCCAACGAAUUUUGUUCAAUUUGUCGUAAGGCGCGGUUGUUUAAAAUUCGUUCGCAAGAACCAAGUUCCUAUGUUUCUCAAGCUAAAUGGACUUUACCUACCAAACAGGCAUGAUUAUAAAUAUAAUAGUUGUCUACUAUAAAUAAGUCCUGCCUCUCUAUCCUCUACAAACAUUUUGACAUAACCCCUAUACAGAUAAUAAUGAAUUGUGAGAAAUAAUUUUUGAAAACUUUACUUUCAAUUUUGAGAUAUAUUUCAUCAAAAAAAUUACGUUUCGACUUGCGACAGCUAAUUUAGUAAAACAUUCUUUUGUUUAACUAAUUAUUACGUUUUUCUGUUCCAGCUAUAUUUUUUUCGACUUUAUCAGUUGAUAGAAAGGUAUUUAAGUAUAGUAUCAUUCUCUUAAAUGAUUUACGUCGAAAGUUGUUCGAGAUAUUUUUAGGGCGGUGAAAAUUAGGAGAAAAAUUUGAACGAGAUAUAAGCGUACAAUAGUACCAGGCUUGUAACAGCUAAAUCUUUAUUAAUUUUAGUUAUAAAUAAAUGGAAUCGCAUUUAUUAAAUGUAAAAUUGAUUUAAGAAAACAAACGGGAGGUGCCUCAAUUGAUCUCAUUAACAACCUUAUGAUCUUGUCUAUGGCAAUACAAUAUUUUUUAAUUACUUUUUCUUCUUUACGUUAUUUAUUGUUUCUUUUGAAGUAGUUUGUAUUUAUUCAUAUUAUUGUUGCUUGUAGCUAUUUUUAAUUAAGCCGUUAACAUUACUCCUUAUAUUUUUCCAAAAUUGUAAUUUUCUAAAUACUAGUGACGUUUCUGAGGCACCUUCAAGUUCCUUAUAUAUUAUGUGUAAAAUUAAUUGUCCUAUUAGAUACGUAGAUAUUCUGUAAGAUCUAUUUGAUCCGUGCAAUGUAGUUAAUAAAAAUUGUAUUGUGUAUAUAAUUGAGUGUGACUAUAGAAAAUAUAACUAAUGGAGUUUUCAAUCAAUUUUGCAGUGUUCUAUCAAGAUGAUUUGAUAGAUGAAUAAAUGGGAAAGGGAAAUGUUCUUACUGGUAUUUAACUACUAUUGAAUUUCGUAUCUUAGGUAGAAAAAUAUAACAAAUGCAUUGAACCACUUUUCAAUAAGUUCGAUGUUAAAAAUUCAUUUGUCGGUCUUUGCUAUUCUCGAGGUCAACUAUGAAAACCCAAUUUAAUUUAAAAAUAUCGUCUCGUCUUCAUAGAACUCUGUUUUCAAGUGAAUUAUGUUCCAAAAUGGCUUCGGAACCAAAAAUAUCAUUUUUGAUUGAAUUUUGAAAAAGUGUGUUUGUUCCGGUGUGUUACGAAUAAAAAUUGAGAUUGUGUGAAUCAGUUAGAAGUUAAAUUAAUCAGUUUACGAGAUGCGUUUUGUUUUGUUUAUUUGUUUUCAACUGUUCAAUAUCAUAAUCAUAGAAAAUAACUGUGCUGCCAGCAAUAAGCUUAAUUAUAUUUUCUAUAAUGUGAUCUGACAGGUGAAAAUUUUCAUGUGGUAAUACUAAUAGUUUAAGAGACAAAAACGUUACAACAUAUCCAUCGAUUUCAGUUGUUGAUAACCAAAUGCAUUCCUUAUUACAUGCUUUUCAAUAGUUCAAAUAAAUAAGUAAAUUGUCAAUAAGUAAAGCUAAAAAUAUGACUUAAACGUUCUUUUCUCUCAGACUAUAAAUGAAAAUACAUAUUAUUAAUGCGUCAAUACACACUUUCCGUAAUUAUAAUUAAACAAAACUUUCGAUAUUAAAAAAACUUUCUUCCUAACGUAUCUAAUGCCUAAACAUUCUUUCUAAAAUUCCUUGUAUAUUAAAAUGUAGUAUCUUAAGAGUUAAUAGCUGACUACUAUUUAUAGAAAAAGAGUUAUUUAUAUAAAAUAGAGAGUGAAUAAUAUAUUAAACUUGUAUAGACUGACGUAUCCAUUUUAUGUUGUUAAUUUUUAAUAUGUAUUUUAGAAUUAAAUGUUUGAUUGUGUGCUGUA